AUGUCUUACUCAACACCAUUGAACGAACCCAUUGCCAUCAUUGGCAGUAGCUGUCGUUUUCCUGGCAAUGCGAGCUCGCCAUCCAAGCUGUGGAAACUCCUGCUAUCCCCCAGAGAUGUUUCCAGGAGACCACCGGCAGAUCGAUUUGACCUUGAUGGCUUUUACCACGCCGACACAGAGCAUCAUGGAACAACAAAUGUUGAAGGUUCUUACUUUCUGGAAGAGGACAUUCGGCUUUUCGAUGCCGCCUUCUUCAACAUUACACCCAAAGAAGCUGAAGCUAUCGAUCCUCAGCAAAGGCUGCUGCUUGAGUCCGUCUACGAGGCCAUGGAAUCUGCAGGCUGCACAAUUCAAAGCCUCCAAGGAAGCUCGACAUCUGUCUAUGCCGGUCUGAUGAUCAGAGAUUAUAUGGACGUGCAGGCUCGCGAUCCGGACUACUUCUCCAAGUAUAUGGUUACUGGAACCUCAUCAGCACUCAACGCGAAUAGAAUCUCGUACUUCUUCAACUGGAAUGGCCCGUCUUUGACGGUCGAUACCGCUUGCUCCUCUAGUCUCGUUGCCUUGCAUCAAGCCGUUCUCGGCUUACGUUCUGGAGAGAGUCGCAUCGCCUGCGUCUGCGGUUCCAAUCUUCUACUCGGCCCGGAACUGUUCAUAUCUGCUGCAAACCUGCACAUGCUCUCCGCUAGGUCCCGCAUGUGGGACGACAGCGCUGAAGGAUACGCUCGGGGAGACGGGUUCGCUACUGUUCUCUUGAAAAGGCUAUCAGAUGCAAUUCGGGAUGGCGACAGUAUCGAGGCCAUUAUUCGUGAGACAGGGGUCAACUCGGAUGGGCGUACAAAGGGAAUAACCAUGCCUAGCUCAGAUGCUCAGGCAGCGCUGAUACGUGAGACGUACCAAAAGUCAGGGUUGAAUCCUACAAAGGACAUUGACCGGUGUCAGUACUUUGAAGCGCACGGCACAGGCACUCAAGCAGGAGAUCCUCAAGAGGCAGGUGCUAUACAUGCGGCCUUCUUCGGGGACUCUGUCAUUCAAUCAGAUGCCCAAAAGAUGGUGGUUGGCAGUAUCAAGACUGUCGUCGGCCAUACCGAAGGAUGUGCUGGAUUGGCUGGGGUGUUGAAGGCCUCACUCGCUUUACGCCAUAAAUUAAUUCCACCUAACCUACACUACUUUACUCCGAACCCGAAUGUGGUACCAUUCUUAGACGCACUUGAAGUCCCGACCGCGGCCCUGCCGUGGCCGGCUCCUGCUACCGGAUGCCCUCGACGUGCCAGUGUAAACAGCUUUGGUUUCGGUGGCACAAACUCCCACGUAAUUCUCGAAAGCUAUGAACCAUUAGUACACAACAAUUUGCCUUGGGUUGAGCAUUUUUCGAACGACCAAAACAGCAGUGGUCAUAAAUUCACCCCACUGCCUUUCGUAUUUUCAGCGAACAAUGAACGUGCUCUCGUUGCAAUGAUAGACCAGUACAUUCAAUUCUUAGACACCAAUGAAUCAGUCGACCUGAGGGAUCUUUCCUGGACUCUCCUGACCAAGCGGACCAUAUUGCCUGUACGAGUCUCUUUCGUGGCUCUAACUGCCUCAGAGUUAUCGGAGAAGAUGAAGGCUGAGCUGGACCGCAAAAGAUCAUCAGGAGAAGAUUUUGGUAUCCGUGCUAGUGGUGAGAUGGAAUCCGACCCUGUCAUCUUGGGCGUAUUCACUGGGCAAGGAGCUCAGUGGGCGACUAUGGGCCGGGAUCUUAUAAUAGGGUCUGCAAAGUUCUCAGCUACGAUUGAGAGGCUAGAGAAGUCUUUGCAAUCCCUCCCUGAUCCUCCAAGCUGGUCCUUGAAAACCGAACUCAUUGCGCCACCCUCCCAAUCGCGUCUGUUGGAGGCGGCCAUCUCGCAACCUCUUUGUACAGCAAUUCAAAUCGCUUUGGUUGACCUCCUGCGGUCUGCUGGCGUAACAUUCCGUGCCACCGUUGGGCAUUCAUCCGGAGAAAUAGCGGCAGCAUAUUCUGCUGGUGUGAUCACGGCCGAGGAAGGUGUGCGAAUUGCUUACUACCGAGGUGUCCACGCCCAUCUCGCUAGAUCAGCUUCAGGGGCCAGGGGAUCCAUGCUGGCUGCCGGAAUGAGCCUAGAGGAUGCUCAGGCGCUGAUCGACCUUCCUCAGUUCCAGGGACGAGUCGCUGUGGCGGCCAGCAACUCGCCCGCGAGCGUGACCUUGUCAGGUGACGAAGAUGCGAUCGAGGAAGCGAGGCAAACUUUGGUCAACCAGAAGAAAUUCGCUAGGGCACUACAGGUCGACACUGCUUACCAUUCCCACCAUAUGGAUCCGUGUGCCCAGCCAUACAUUAGUUCCUUGAAGGCGUGCAACCUCUCUCCACAAGAAGAAGAUCCGUCUUGUAGUUGGAUUUCUAGUGUCUAUGGACCUAGAGGAACACCUACUCGGCAAGAACUCACAGCGCAGUACUGGAGCGACAAUAUGACGCAGAAAGUUCUCUUCUCGCAAGCUUUAGAGCGGGCCGUGAUCGAAGCCGGCCCAUUCGAUGCCGUUAUGGAAAUCGGUCCCCACCCGGCACUCAAAGGACCUGCUACACAAACCCUUAAAGAGUCCGGGGGGAAUACACCGUAUACCGGCGUACUUGACCGUAAAUCCAAUGAUAUCGUCGCCUUGACCAGUGCUCUCGCCUUCCUGUGGUGUCGUCUUGGUGCCUUCAUCAAUGUGAAGGGGUACGAGGAAGCACACGCUGGUACGAGUCUGUCAAGGCCGGUCCUACUCAAGGACCUACCGACUUACCCUUGGGAUCAUGGCCAACCGUAUUGGACAGAAUCACGUCUAUCCAAAGAAUAUCGCACGAGAAGCUCUCGGCCCCACGAAUUGCUCGGUCACAGAAGCCCUGGCAGUCCGGAAAAUGAAUUGAAAUGGCGCAACAUCUUGCGACGCGAAGAAGUCCCAUGGUUACCGGAUCACAAGAUUCAGGGACAGGUAUUGCUACCAGCUGGCGCUUUCUGUGCUAUGAUACUUGAUGCAGCCUUGUCAUUCAUAGGCGACAGAACAGUCUCCCUUCUUGAGCUUUUGGAUGUGCAGUUGCAUUUGCCUGUUGCUAUUCCGGAAUCUUCGCGAGGCGUGGAACUUGUUAGUUCGAUCAAGCAGUUAGAACCUCAUCAUGGGAAAAGCGUUGAUGGGCAAUCUAUUCUUGAGGCUGUUUUCUCAUUAAGUACGGGCAUGCCCGACGGCAGUACUCCACUCAAAGUUGCCGUGACCAGCAUUGUACGUAUUAUACUGGGGACUACAACAGUAGAUGCCUUGCCCCGAAAGGCACACGGCGACGACGAAGUGGCUCCUCUCAAGUCUGUGGAUAUCAACCAUUUCUACUCUGCUAUGAGAGAGGUAGGGUUAUCGUAUGAUCACGAGUUUUCCGUCUUAGACGAAGCGGAGCGCGGCUGGGACUAUGCUUCUGCCAUCGUGCCGACGUCCUCCGGAGUUGACAGAAGCGUGCUAUCGGUUAAGCCAUCGUGGAUAGAGUCUUGUAUCCAACUCGGGUAUUUGGCAUUCGCAUACCCAGGAGACGGGAACCUUUGGACAACUUUUGUCCCCCAAAAAAUUGGGAGACUUGCCUUCAAUCCGGAUUUGCAGAAUAGUGAAGAAUACGGUCGAGGUACCGUACUCGGAAUCACUUCGCGUAUUGGAGCGACGAACUCCAUCACGGGAAAACACUUGCCUUCUUUUACUGCGGAUAUUGAAGUUUACGAUCCUGCCACAAGCUACACAUGGAUGCAAAUUGAAAACGUUGUUUUCUCUUCGUUGAGCCAUGCCUUAAGAAAGGACGACCGUGAGCUCUUCUUUUCUACGGUCUGGAAGAGCGUUGCCUUAGACAAUCACUCAGUGGCAGAAACAACUCGCGAGACACGCGGCGCAGCCAGUAUUCACCAGCUUCUGGAGAAGACGGCACUAGCCUACCUCCGAGAACUGAGAGGCAAAGGUACUUUUAGGGCAGUACCCGGUCCUUACCAGCCGUUGGCAGAUUUUGUCCAGCGUGUGUGCAAUACGCAAAACGCUGUAAGCCUUAAUACUAAAGUCAAUCACAGAGAGAUUACACAAAACGUGGCUCAGUCCCCUGAAACAGUUGAUCUUGGUUUCAUGAAGACCUUGAGUGAAUCCCUUCAAAGCAGAAUUCUGUUGGCGGGAGAUUUCGAGAACGGGACAAUGUCUACUCCUUCUCUUGUGGAGAUAAUACCCGCACUCGGGGCUAUAGACAGGCAUCUAGGUUCGAUCACCCAAACACUCAAACAUCGUUUUCCGCAAUUGCAAGUAGUCGAGAUAGGAUCCAAUCACCUUGGACCAUCUAGGAGUGUUUUAGCGGCACUUGGUGGGACCUCUGGUUCCUAUGUAUUCGGAGACAUUAGCCCUACAUCUAGAGCCGAGGGAACUUUGGAUCAAAGGGUUCAAGAAGUGAAGCUUGAGUCUCUUCAGCCAGAUCAACUCGACAAGCUGCGAGUAAUCUCCCAAGAAGGGUUUGAUCUCAUGGUGGUCUCUUUCCUUAUCCAUGGUCGACAGAAUAUGGACUCUAUUAUUUCCAACCUUCGCGAACUCAUUAAGCCGGGCGGAUAUGUCCUAUUUGUAGAACCGACUAGGGAGAUUACCUGGUUGAGGUAUUUGCUGUAUGGGACUCUAACGGCUCAUGAUGAUCAGGCUCUAGGAUCACCGGUGCCUCUGCUCGAAUUGGACAAUGUGCUACGCAGCUCAAUGUUCAGCGGCGUUGAUCACGUUGAAGACUACUUAGGGAUAUCCUUGAUGAUCAGUCAGGCGUUGGACAACAGAAUCGCUGCCUUGCGUCACCCGUUGCACCCAGAUCACAUGGCGAAACUCUCGGGAGACCUGCUCUUCGUCGGAGACGGUAAUCUUACCACGUAUCGGAUCAUACAGGAUUCUGUUCGAUUACUUCACAGUUGGAAAGGGAGCUUAGUUGUCGAACAAUCGUUGGAUACGUUGGGUAAAUUAAGGCACAACUUCAGUCGCAAUUUCAGCGCUGUCGUGAUUGUGAAUGAUCUUAAGAUUCCCCACUCAUUCGAGCCCAUCAAUCAUCACAAACAUCUACAAAAGAUUCGAGACGUGUUAGAUUGGUCUAAGAAUAUCUUAUGGGUGGCCCUAGACGGUGACUUCAAUGAUCCUAUUUAUGCCGCCACCGUGGCAUCGAGUCGGUCCAUCGCCAGUCACGCCCAAGAUGCCCGGUUUCAAUCAAUCCUUAUAGACAAUACCUGGAACGUGGAACACACAAUAGCAACCGGCUUGGUUCGCUUGGUAUAUGCCCAGCAUUGGAAGCUGUCCAAAGCUACCCACCUGUGGACUGAUGAGGAUGAGAUCAAGAUCAGAGACCAUCAAAUGUUCGUUCCUCGUGUACUGCCUGCCCGCGAGCCCAACGAUCGAUUUAAUGCUAGUCGAAGAAACAUCAUCGAAGGAGCAUCCGAUCCUGUCAAAGAUGUCGUAAUAGAUAUUAUCGGUUCCAUCGAUUCGCUUGACUGUUAUCCUUGGGCGAGGUCGCAUGCUCUCAAUAUAGACAAACAAUCCAACGCAAAGGUAAACGUUCAAGUGAACUACUCCAGCCUUAUGGCUUUGAGGGUAGGAUUACAUGACUAUCUCCACAUUUGCAUCGGUCAAGUUCCUGGUCAGGAAGGAUCCGUUAUAGCUUUGUCAGAAAAUCUAUCCAAUUCCAUCAUGGUCGACAGAUUGUGGCAAUUGCCUUGUGAAGCCGACGAAUCAAUGCAACACAGAGUUAUUGAGAUAACGACGCAGUACCUCUCAGCGACUUGGAUCAACAGCAUGUUCAAGGCUGGGACUGCCGUCAUAUACGAGCCAGGCAAGUUACUCGCCUUUGUGCUCUUGGAACUGGUUCGUGGAACGAAUAAGCGAUUCGUGUUCCUCACCAGUGAUCCAGAUCAGGUAUCUAGCACCGGCGUAGGUUGGACCUUCAUCCAUCCGCAUAGUUCUCGAUCGGCUGUGCAAUCUUUGGUACCCCAAGACACAAACCUCUUCGUCAAUAUGGGCCCCGCUAGGAAUCAAACCGCUCAACGCAUCAUAGAUAUUGUGUCACCCAGUUUCUCUGUAGAGAAGGACACCUUGUUCCGGAUCCAGUCUCGGGUAGCCUCUUAUGCAUCCAGAACCUCUUUCGUUAACACAUUGAAGCUUGCACGUCACUUCGUAUCGGAGAUAAGGAAUGGUGAAGAAACUAGUAGCUUACUCGAUGCUUCGGCGCUCGUCGGCAGACUUCCGGAUUCUACAGACCCGUUGACUAUUGUGGACUGGGCUGAUGCUGACAAGAUAUCGUUGCAGGCAAGACCCCUUGACACUACUCGUUGGCUGGUCUCGGGUGGUGCAAGACACAUCGUCAUUGCAGAAAGUGCAAAGCACCAUGCGCUGCAUAUUGCGACACCAGCUUGGGUUGCCGCCCUUCGCAAACCUGGUGUGCGAAUCGAUCUCGAGGAAGUGGAUUUGGCCAGUCAAGUUGAAGCAUAUAAGUUAAGGCAGAAAUUCCCUCGCAUAGUGGGACUAGUAUGCGGUGGCAAUCUUUACGUGGAAGAAACAAACUUAGAUUUGUCGCACACUAUAUUUGAAGCCGCCGCCAACCUCGACGAGUCAUUUGGUUCGCAACAUCUAGACUUCUUCGUCUUACUGACUUCAUUCCCUGCAAAGCUGGAAGGAUCCGGGGAAUCUGAAAUAACAGCGUUUAUGGAGGCUCUGGCUACCCAACGCAGGAAGCGAGGGCUUAAUGGGUCGUCUGUUUCCUUACCAGGAAUCUGGGGUGACACUUUGGCAACCGAUGCCUCAGUAGGGGAGUAUUUCUCUUCACUUACCGAAUCAGAUGUCUCCAGCCUCCUCAACGAGGCCAUUGUAUGGGGUAGUGAUACCCGGCCGUCCCCGCAUCUGAUCACAGCGCUCAAGCGUACAGCGCCAUCAUCAUCUAGCAAAAUAUCGAAUUGGCGGUCUAAACCAAAGUUUUCUCACCUCAUCAGUCUAUCUGGCAAUUCUGUGACAUCCACCACUCAAGAAGCCGGUCAAGGUCUUAAGCAGCAUCUAGAAAUGUCCAAGUCCCCCGAAGAAGCUUCAAAGACUUUGCAACAUCAUUUUGUGAAACACCUGGAAGUAAUGUUAGAUCUUGGAGCAGACUCCGUAAGAGAUGAUACGGACCUGGUAGGGAUUGGUAUCGACUCGCUGAUGGCUUCCGAUCUCCGUUCUUGGUUCCUCAGUGAACUUGAGGUCGAUGUACCAGUACUCAAGAUCCUGGGAGGGUCAACUGUACAAGAGCUAUGUGAGGAGUUUUCAGUUGGAUUUGGGAUAGCGUCCGCAUCCGAGAACAUCCCCAUUCCCGUCCAUGAUGAUGUGCGGCAAGAGAAAUCGUCUUCGCCUUCAGCUUUGACACCAGCGUCAUCUACACCCAGCUUGAGGAGUUUCGUAGUGGUAUCAGAAGGCGGAAAUGAUCCUAUAGACGAUUUUGUUCAGGUCGGUGUGGAUCAGUCUCCCGCCGCGCAGCAGCCUUUAUCGGUCCCCCGAAAAGAUACGAUGUCAAACAGUCAGACUCGCUUAUGGUUUCCAACAACCUAUCUAGAACAAGAAACGCCUUUUAACUGCACGACAUCGUACCGUAUUACGGGGCCGCUUGACCUUCCCAGGCUCGGGAAGGCUCUUAAGCAAGUCACUCAGAGACAUGAGAUCUUUCGCACGGCGCUUCAAAAUGACGAUGCUAGUGGAGAGCCGAUCCAGUCCGUGUUACCCGAUUCGCGCUUCAGACUUCAAAUUCUAUCUGGAAACAAGACGACAGAUGUUGAACGGGAAUUCAGGCGGAUAGGAGAUUACGUAUUUCAUCUUGAAGUUGGCGACUCCUUCAUUGCUUCAAUCAUCUCCCACACAGCCCAGGAGCAUACCAUUAUCUUUGGAUACCAUCACAUCAUUAUGGAUGGAGUGAGUUGGCAAAUUACUUUAAAUGAAAUGGCUAGCGUAUACAAGGAUCUCGAUGCUCGAGUGCCAUCUCCAACUCAGUAUCUGGAGUUCACAGCAAGGCAGCGGCAUCUGAUCAAGACGGGGGCUCAUGCCAGCAAGUUAGCAUUCUGGAAGAAGGAGUUUCCGGAACCUGCGGUGGAACCGAUACCUUUAUUCCCUUUCGCCAAGGUUGGGACCAGGAAGACCUUAACGCGAUACAGUACUCUCGACAUAGUCGAACAUAUUGACGCAAAGCUGGUCUCGGCUAUUCAAAAGGCAAGCCUGAGUGCCAAAACAACCAGUUUCCACUUCUACCUAUCAGCUUUCCAAGUAAUGAUCAGUAGGUUCCUCGACAUAGAUGAUGUUUGCAUAGGUGUCAUCGACGCGAACAGGUCUGAACAGGCGUUCCUCGGCACCAUAGGAUUCCUGUUAGAUUUGCUUCCCUUGCGUUUGCCGCUCAAUAAAAAAGAGCGUUUUGCGACUACCUUGAGCAACACACGCAAGAAAGCACACGCAGCGUUGUCCAAUUCUGGCGUACCACUCGAGUCUAUUGUAAGGGAGCUGAAUGUUGCCACGUCUUCAACACACACGCCAUUGUUCCAAGUCCUAAUUAACUACCGUAUGGGCGCGCUCAGAUCACCGGAACUUGGAGAUAGUCCCAUGUCGUUCCUAGAUUAUGAGGAUGCCAAGGCGCCAUUCGACCUUACACUUUCGAUCGACGAAAAGGACGACGGAGCCGGGAUGCUGACCUUUUCAAUGCAAGAUUAUCUGUACGACAGAGAAGGAGCGGAUCUGAUUGUCAAGACCUACAUACACUUUUUGCGCGUCCUUUCUGAAAAUGUAUUGCUCCGCAUAAACGAAAUUCCGUUGUUUGAACAGUCUUUGGUCAAGCGGGGAAUUGACGUUGGAACUGGAAAUGUAAUCGACUUCAAAUGGUACUCCACGCAAACAGUGGUCCAUCAGGUUGACCAGUGGGCAAGAACUCAGCCUGACGCUAUCGCGGUAAAGGACUUGAUUGGCGGAGUUCUGACCUACCAGCAAAUGCUGGCACGAAUUAACGCACUUUCCCAUGCUAUAACCGACGCUGGUGCAAAGGCAGGAUCAUCAGUAGCUGUUUUCUGCGAUCCCACAGUUGAUUCGAUAUGCUGUAUCUUUGCUAUAUUGCGGGUGGGAGCUGCAUACACGCCGCUUGACGUCCGUAAUUCACCGGAAAGGCUUGGAGCGGUGAUCGAUGAAUGCAAACCGCGAGUGAUACUUUUCCAUUCUGCAACUGACAGUCGUCUAAAAGGAUUGAACACACAGGGAUCUAGGCUUCUUAACAUCCAGCUACAAACUCAAGCUUCUGGAGAUGUGUUCGCUAACCUUUCGACCCCAACUGCACCCGCGCUCGUUCUUUACACGAGCGGAUCGACUGGAAGACCAAAGGGUAUCACCGUGUCUCACUAUAAUCUCGCCAUCCAGUGCACAUCCAUUGGCGAGCGCUUGGGUAUCGACCGCGAUGUGAUCUUGCAGCAAAGCGCUUUGGGAUUCGACGCGGCCAUUGCUCAGAUAUUUUAUGCGCUGGUUUUUGGGGGCACUAUUAUCAUGGGAGACAAUCGGCAAGAUCCCAUAGAGCUGGCUUCCAUUAUAGAGAGAGAGAAGGUGACAGUAACCUUGUUCAUCAUCUCAGAAAUGUCGUCUCUACUCGACCAUGCUAGUUCGGUUCUUUCACGAUGCCAUAAGUGGCGGGUAGCAAUGUGCGGAGGCGAAGCUUUCGCCCCUAGUCUGAUUCGCAAGUUCCGAAGCUUAAGUUUGCCAGGCUUGGCUCUAUUCAAUGCUUACGGACCGACGGAGGGCACCAUCAUCUCGUCAAUAGGCGAUGUGCCGUAUCAGACGGUCGAAUUUGCCGAGAACUAUAUUGUCCCCGUGGGACCCCCCAUGCCCAAUUACGGGGUGUACAUGCUUGAUGAGAAAUCACAACCCGUACCUCUUGGAUGGCCCGGUGAGCUCUGCAUUGCAGGGCCGGGUGUCACGCUGGGUUAUGUUGGACAGCCGGAGCUUACUGCUGCCAAGUUUGUGCAAGACAAGAUUCCUCGACCGCGAGGACCCUAUCCGGGCUGGGACAGAAUCUACAAAACUGGAGAUAGGGCUCGUCUUCUGCACGAUGGCUCUUUCUUGUUCCUGGGACGUAUCGAUGGGGACUCUCAGGUUAAGCUACGAGGCAUUCGUAUCGAGCUUGACGAAGUUGCGAACAGCAUCUUGCGCACGUCAGAUGGCGUACUCUCCAGCGCUGUGGUGCGAGUACGAGGUGACAGUAACCAGAUCCUUGUUGCCUACGUUGUCUUUUCCGACCAGAAGCGGCGAGCCUCCAUCUCCAAACCACAAGUCUACCUACGUCAAUUACUACAGUCACUACCGUUACCCGUCUAUAUGCGGCCUGCUGUUGCUGUGCCCUUCGAGUCGAUGCCCUUCACCGAAAGAGGAAAGUUGGAUACAAAGGCGCUAGCCGCGGUACCGCUCUCGCAGUUCCAGGAAGAGACGAAUGGUGAACCACAACAUCUCAACGCCACUGAACUGAAGAUGAAACACGUUUGGGAAGAUGUUCUUUCGGAGGUAGGAACAGGAAUUCAAAUCGCUAAAGACUCGGACUUCUUCUCAGUAGGAGGAAACUCGCUAUUGCUAAUGCGUCUCAAAGCCAAAAUUCAAGAGGCCUUUGGCGUAUCAAUCCCGCUGAUUGAACUGUUCCAAGCCACAGCGCUGGAGACUCUGGCCUCCAAGGUCGGGAACACGAGCCCCAAUCACGUUAAUGGAUCUGUAGAGGCUACGUCCGGUAUAGAUUGGGAUGCCGAAACGAGUUUGCCACCAGCAGUGACCUCAUCGGAAGCUCUUUCUCGAUGGCUGAAUUCCACAAAGCGGCUGCAGCGUCCAUUCUCAGUUGUCCUCACUGGAUCAACUGGGUUCCUUGGUCGGGAAAUACUCUCUCAACUCGUGGCCCAUCCAUCUGUUGCCUACAUACACUGCAUCGCCGUACGACCAGGACGCACGCACAAAGUCGCCUCUCCAAAGAUCAAGUCAUACCAAGGAGAUCUCUACCAAGCACAGUUUGGCCUUGAUGAUGCCACAGCACGCGCCAUCUUUUCCACCGUAGCCGCUGUGAUCCACAACGGCGCCGAGGUCUCUCAUAUGAAGUCAUACCACUCACUGCGUACACCCAACGUCCUGUCCACGAAAGAAUUACUCCGCCUAUCCAUCGAACACGGUGUCGGAGCAAUCCCUCGCUUCCACUACGUAUCUAGCGCCGGCGUCGGUCACCUCGUGCCCUCAUCUCACUCCAACGGGGUAGAUGCCUUCCCACCUAUUUCACUCGCAAACUAUCCCCCGCCCCGCGACGGCUCUGACGGUUACGUCGCCGCCAAAUGGGCCAGCGAGAUGACGCUCGAGCGCGCCGCAGCCAUCAUCCCAGGCUUCGUCGCUGUCGUUCACCGCCCGUCCAACAUUACAGGCACUGGCGUCGGUGAGAACGAUAUCGUUCAUUCGCUGCUGCGCUUUUCGGCUGCGCUGAAAGCAGUUCCGGAGAUGAGUAGGGCAACUGGUGCCUUUGAUUUUAUUGGCUUGGAAGCAUGUGCUGGAGAUAUCGUACGAGGAGUCGUUGUUGACGACAACGCACAGGGUGCGACGGUGGUGGGGGCGGUACGGUAUGAGCACCGCUCCGGGGAGACGAUUGUACCUGUUGAAGAGCUGGGUGGGUUCCUGGCUGCUAAAUGUAGUACUCGGGAGCUAGAGGUGUUAUCUUGGGGAAAUUGGGUGGAUAGAGCCUUGGGCGUUGGGUUGGAUCCGCUUGUGGGAGAGUUCUUGAGGGAGUUGGAUGGGAGGAUGCGUAUGCCAUUGUUGAUUACGGAGGAUCAUUGA